AAGCAGCCGCCACAGCCUCGGCAUGAGUGUAGCUGCCACUGUAACUGACAGGUCUUAAAUUCAGCCCUGCAGGGCUCCGGGCUGUCAGAUGCCUCCUUACUUCUCUCUCUGCCGGGCUCUGGCGAUCGAACGUCUCUUUGGAGACCAGGGAACGAGGUUGAAGGGCUCUGUUGGUUUUUUCCCCGAGGAAUGGCUCUUGCUUUAGUUGGCUUUUAAAAAGAUGUGGUAGAAGAGAGGGAAAGACGGCCGGCCGGCUUCCUAGUGGACCCUGUUCUUUCCUCUGAAGUUCAGCUGCUGUGCGCCUGCCCGUCUCCCUCGGACAUGGCAACAAGCGGCUUUCACUUCGUACCGUGUGACACCAAACGGGCAUCCAGACAGCUUGGAGCAUCUGCUGUGGGCAGUUCAUCAGCCAAGGUGGAUCUCAAGAGUGGUCUGGAAGAGUGUGCGGAGGCAUUGAACUUAUUUCUAAGCAACAAAUUUAAAGAUGCCUUAGAGUUGCUUCGUCCAUGGGCCAAGGAGAGCAUGUACCAUGCCUUGGGAUACAGUACCAUUGUGGUGUUGCAGGCUAUCAUGACCUUUGAGCAACAGGACAUCCAGAAUGGCAUUUCUGCCAUGAAGGACGCCUUGCAAACCUGCCAGAAAUACAGGAAGAAAUGCACAGUUGUGGAGUCUUUCUCAAGUCUCCUGUCUCGGGGGUCGUUGGAACAGCUGAGUGAAGAGGAAAUGCAUGCAGAAAUCUGUUACGCCGAGUGUCUCCUGCAGAAAGCAGCGCUCACGUUUGUGCAGGAUGAAAAUAUGAUCAACUUCAUCAAAGGUGGACUCAAAAUUAGAACAAGUUACCAAAUAUAUAAAGAGUGCCUUUCCAUCCUGCACAUGAUUCAAAAGAACAAACAAGAACAGCACUUCUUCUAUGAGUUUGAAGGAGGUGUCAAGCUCGGAACAGGGGCCUUUAACUUGAUGCUGUCUCUUUUACCAGCAAGAGUUAUCAGAUUGCUAGAAUUUAUUGGAUUUUCUGGAAACAGGGACCUGGGCCUUCUGCAGCUACGGGAAGGUGCGUCAGGAACCAGCAUGCGGUCCCCGCUCUGUUGCCUUACCAUCCUGGCUUUUCAUACCUACAUCUCCCUUAUUCUCGGUACAGGAGAAGUGAACGUCGUGGAAGCAGAGAGUCUCCUCGCACCCUUCCUGCAGCAGUUCCCAAAUGGCUCGCUCAUCCUGUUCUAUCAUGCCCGAAUCGAGCUGCUGAAGGGCAAUGUUGAGAAGGCUCAAGAAACGUUUCGAAAAUGCAUUUCAGUUCAAGAAGAGUGGAAACAGUUUCACCAUCUCUGUUACUGGGAGUUAAUGUGGAUUUAUAUAUACCAACAAAAUUGGAUGCAGGCGUAUUAUUAUUCAGACCUACUUUGCAAAGAGAGUAAAUGGUCCAAGGCAACAUAUGUGUUCUUGAAAGCUGCCAUUUUGAGCAUGCUUCCAGAGGAGGAUGUGGCGACGACUAAUGAGAAUGUGGUGGCUCUGUUCAGACAGGUAGAUGGCUUGAAGCAGAGGAUCGCGGGGAAAUCUCUUCCAACUGAGAAGUUCGCUGUGAGGAAGGCCCGUCGGUACUCACCCUCCUCAGGGGCCCCAGGAAAGCUCGUCCUGCCCGCCCUGGAGAUGAUGUACGUCUGGAAUGGCUUUUCAAUAGUGGGCAAAAGAAAGGACCUUUCUGAAAACCUCUUGGUGACUGUGGAGAAGGCUGAGGAGGCUUUGCAAAAUCAGAACUUGACUGACUCCGUGGAUGAUGAGUGCUUAGUGAAACUGCUGAAGGGAUGCUGCCUCAAGAACUUACAGCGGCCCUUGCAAGCUGAGCUCUGUUUCAACCACGUUGUGGAAAGUGAAAAGCUACUGAAGUAUGACCACUAUCUGGUGCCAUUCACUCUGUUUGAGUUGGCACUUUUGUAUAAAAGCCAAGGGGAAAUUGACAAGGCCAUAAAGGCCCUAGAAACUGCAAGAAACAACUACAAAGACUACUCCUUGGAGUCCAGACUACAUUUCAGAAUCCAAGCAGCCCUUCAUCUCUGGAGGAAGCCGUCCUCAGACUGAUGGGAUUGAUGGGAAAGCACAGGCUGGCAUCCCCCAGUUAACAGGGACUCUUGCUGUGGAGAUCAGUCAAGGUGGAGCUGUGAUCCUUUGACUAAGAAAGGAAACUCUGUUGUCAGGUGCUUCCUGUCACCUGAGUGGCUCAGUGGUGGUCUACCUAUUUUCCCCAAUGGAAUGCCAUUCAAUAUUGUAUAGAAAUUCUUAUACUCUGCCUUUAAAAAUAAUUUCACAUUAGAUUUCAAUUGAGGGACGAAGUCUUUUAAAAGACUGGCAGGUACAAUAAAGUCUAGCUAGAUUAUUUAUUUUUUUAAUGUGAAAAUUAAUAUUGUUCAAGUAGCAAAUGGCUUUAUAAGCAGAGCCAUUUUUAGAUUGGCUUGUCCUUUAAACUUCAGAGAUAUUUUAUUGCUUAGUAUUUAAAUCUUAGAGAAGAAAUAAAUAUCACAUCUAAGAUAAUAUAACAAUGGGUUUCUGAAGGUUCUGGAAGAGAGAAGCCGAGGUCCUGAGGGAUGAGGAAAGAUGAUGCAGUUUUAAGUUCUCGGCUUUCUGCUUUCUCACUGGUUGAAAUGGUGGCAUUUUUCAGAAACUAUCCUGUAUUUGAAUGUACUCAUAUCUGAUCCAGUAAUAGCAUUCAGCCAUAUAGACACAUUUCUUAUGUAUCUAUGGGAAGAAAAAGCUGUAUUUUAAAACUCCCUAACCUUAGUGCUGAAGCCUGACAUAUAGACUAUGACUACUUUUCUUAUAGGAAGGAAAAAUCCCUGUUGCUUUAAAUGAUAUGUAAAAUAUCAGUCAUUUUUAUACUAGGAUGUGGCUGGGCCAGCACUGAUAGUUUUUUUUUGUUUGUUUGUUUGUUUGUUUUUUGUUUUAAACAUCUGGGUUGUGUUUUGGUUCUCUGAGUAGGAACCAGAGCUAGAGCAUGGAGCUAGAAGAGCCAGGCUCUGCUACUGGUGAGCAGAUGACCUUUCUGGAGUCCCUAUACCUGUCAAUCACUAUAUCUUCCUCACUUGUGAAAUAGAAAAAGGAUAGGUGACUUUAACUCUCUUUGAGUUUUACAACCAUGAAUCUGUGUAUUAGGUAUUUUCAACAAUGUUUAGCAUUGCAUUCACAUUCUUCCUAUCUGGAAUGUUUCAUAGUGUUUUUUUCAGGUGCCCCGCCCCCCCCAAUCCACCAAUAGUAGUCGUCACAGCUACAGGCCAGAUUCCAUCCAGUGAGGAAAAACAAACAGUUCGUGAGUCCAUGAAUCCGGGUUUUUGCCCCGUUUACUUAUCUGGAUGAUGGGCAGCUCCACCUUCGCUAGGCGGAGCCCCGAAUUGUAGUCAGGAGUCCCUCUCUGUUGGGGAACAGUUAACAAUGUAAGCAAACAACUUACCUUUUCUAGGACUUGGAUUUCCAGUGGGAAUGGCAAGGCAGCACGCCGUGCUCUGAGGCCUCAGUCCGAUGGUGCCUUUGGUAGCUUUCUGUGCGCUGGGGAGUGGGUGAUGGUUACGGCUUUGUGCAUGAGCACAGUCCCUGUAAAGAACCAGCUGAGUCUUUGGGCUCUCAGGCCCAUGAGAUGAGUGUGGGCGGUCAGAAACCUCAUGGUCAUGCAUUUAGCACUGACAGUGGCCAGAUCAUGGCGCUGCACCAGCUGUUCCCACUGCACUCCCCAUGCUCAGCCCAGAUCAUGGCGCUGCACCAGCUGUUCCCCACUGCACUCCCAUGCUCAGCAGGCAGCCGUUGGUGUCCUGUUACUUAAGGAACCAUUUCUUGACCAACGGUGAGGAAGUUCCUUGAAGAAGAUGACUAAUACACUUUGAGUCAGAGGACCAUCCCUUCAGAUAUCAUGGGGGCAGAUACCAUAUCACAUUAAUAUGAAUUAUACAACUAGCUCCAGAUAAAAGGGGAAAUAAAUUGUUAUGAUAUUAUAGGAAUAUGUUCGAUAAUUAUAUAUAUAAUUUUGAAGAAGAGUUUAUAGAUUCUUUAGAAGAGAUUUAAUAACAUUAUUUUUAAAACAUAUAUAUAUAUAUAUUCAUAUUAUUAAAGAAUAUAGUUGGGUGUGGUGGCACAUUCCUUUAAUCCCAGGACUUGGGAGGCAGGGGUAGGCAGAUCUCUGAGUUUGAGGCCGGCCUGAUCUAUAUAGUGAGUUCCAGGUCAGCCAGAGCUACAUAGUGAAACCAUGUCUCCAAAAGAAAACACAAGCAAAAAGAAUAUAUACCCAUAUUAUGUGAGAAACUGUCAGAGCUCAUGGUCUGUAACAAAUUCCCAUUCUGGUAUAAAAUGAAAAAAAAAAUGAGGUAAACACCUAUUUCCGGGGCUGGCGAGGUGGCUCAGCAGUUAAGAACACUCCCUGCUUCCCCAGAGGACCAGGGCUGCUCUCCCAGCGCCCCUGGCAGGCAGUUCUCAACGGUCUGUGACUUGAGAAGAUCUGACCCCCUCCUCUGGCCUCUGUAGACACCCAAAGAGACAUGGCAUAUGUUCACAUAGAAGAGACACACCCAUACACAUAAGUAGAGAGUCUUUUUUUAAAUGACCACUUUGACAUUAUCAAAGAAAUUCACCUGUGUCAUUUUGUUUGGUGGUUUUCUUGUUUUUAUUACUCAUAUUCUCUUCAGCAGUGUGGAGCAUCUAUCUAUCUAGGGCCUUUAUAAAUACUGUAAUAGAAUUAAUGCCACAGACAUUUAUCUGUUUCCUGUCAUGUGCACUGUACCGGCACCAGUUUCUUAGGAUGUUUGUAAGAAUCCAUCAUCUUUUACAAAUCUGUUCAGUGAGGAGCGAGUGCCUAGGAACAGCACUCAUCUGAUCAUCUUUAGGAGAGGCACAGGUGGUGGGUUGGGGUUCCGGUGUCUCUAAUGACGGUUUGUAUAGACACUGGCGGAGCUGCCUCUGUCCAACUUACAUAGGGAGGCGGUGUUCCAGUCAGUGCUAUGUAAAUAUAAAGGUGGUGUGUCAGAGCCUUGGGAGUAGGAAACAGUUAAUUGCACCAACUCCAUGUGUAUUUGAACACUUGCUCUUCCUGCAUGUAAGAUGUGUUCCCCAGUAACAGAGCAGACAGUUUAGUGGCUUUCUGAGGAGUCAAGUCAGUAGGUAGGAGCUACAGGGACAUAAAUCCCAGAUUCCUGGGUGUGAAGGACAAUCUGCAGUCAUUAGAGCAACCCAAGAGUCCCCCCAGCUCCUUGGGAAGGGGCGAGUUCAGCAGUACUGGGUGACUGUCGUUCCUCCCUGGUCGAGUGGCUGGGUUAAUGGAAUUGGAAGGCAGGCCAUUCUGCAGGUUUCGGUCAGGGCUUAAAGCCUGUGGUGUGGAAGGGUAGAGAGCCAGUGCCCCUCUUCAUAUAGAAGUGCACGGUCCUUUCUCCGUCGUCCUGUUGUGAUGGGCCCUAACACAUCUGCUGGUAAUGCUCAUCAUGAUUCUGUGUUCAUCCAUCCCUGUGAGGUCUGUUAUCUUCUCGAGAAGAGCCCCACUCCCUGGGCAGUGAGUAAUUUAAAAACGGUCUUCAUGACCAAGUGGAGAGAUGGAUUCUGGAAUUAUUCCAGUUAAUUCUCUAGACUUUGGUUUUCCUAUUUCUCUCUUCCUCAUUGAUGUAUCCCUUGUAUUCCUGAAUCACCAGUUCUGGAACAGGUAGUUGAAAUUAGUUAAUAAGGCUCGGUGACUGAAAUCCUAAGCGUUUGCGAUUCAUCAGGCCUGGGUCUUAGAACACGAUUUUGUCCUUUUCAGCCGUUGAAUGUAUUACUUCUUCAGUCCUUCUCUGUCAAGUGUUCUAGCCACUUGUCCACUGUGGCUGCUCCACUCCUGAAAUGGCCAUGGGCGGUGGGACCUUCCUUCUUGCCUGCAGCGGUUCUCAGAGGCUUCCUGGGCUCUUGCCCCCAGGCGUUCUGGCGUGCACUUGCUGUCCACUGUGACUGCCCAUUCCUGGUCUGGUACAUCGUCUUGUUUCAAAUCUCUCAGUGGUUUGCUUUUGCUCUUUAAGUGCCCUUACACUUUCAUUCUUCCUGAGUAUUUGGCAGAUGAACGUUGGUCUUACCCACCUCAUGCCCCUGUGAAUUCCUUGUGUGCCCAUCUAAAAGUCUUUAUUUUUAAGAUUGCUAGGUUAGUCUUAUUUUAUAAACUAUCUUUGCAUGUCACAGUUGUUAGGUAGCUUUCAUGAAUAAGAUAAUUUCUGAAAAAUUUAGUGAACCCUUUGUGAUACUUUUUUUACAUUAUCAACUAGCUAACAUUGACCCUCUUCACUAGUCCAACAUACUAUUUAAAGAUUGUUUGGCAUAAUUUAUCCAUUUAAGGAAUAACAUGGAAGAUGAUUUUUCGAAAUUUAAAUAUUUUAUGCCCUCCAGUUGCCUGAGUAUUUUGAGUGUGUGUAUAUUAUGAUAUACAAAAAUACAAAUUUUAAUCUCUUUAGGCACCUCUUUAUUAGAUACAAUGAUAGAUCUAAUGUAUCAAUAGAUUGGUCUAUAGAUAAGUAAUAUAAAACAAUCCAUAUUGGCUAAGCUUUCUUGCCCUUUUAGGAGUGGAAUGGUUUCUUCAAAUUGCUCUCCCACAGCCCAAUUACAUAUUUUACUGUAUGUAUUAGAUUUCUAGACCCCCCGCCUCCCUAGUUGGUAUCUUGAUCAAUUGUACAUUUGCUGUUAGCAUUUACUAUUUUAGAGUGUUGAACUUGAAGUGUAAUGUAAAGGGCACAUCAGACUCUGUCGUCAAGGAAGACGGACUUGGUGUAAGUGCUUCCAUGUGAUCUGGAGAGACUUUUGUGUUUCAGUCCAUCCUAGCCCAUGUAUAAAACUUCAUUCCUUCAGAAGGAAGUGACAGAGUUCUUCUGUGUGUUGAGAUGGCUGAGCAGGUUCUCAGCCUGGACCACGCAGGAAGACUAAGGCCCAUGGCCUCCUGUGUGCAGUGCAGUGACGUGUUCAGCACAGUUAUACUGCAACAGGCCUGUGUGCAAAGAUCAAACCAGAUGCCUCACUGUACUUAAAUAAUAAAGAAUUCUGUACAUGCCUACAGGUUGAAUUUUAUUUUGUUUUAUUUAUUUUUUGUGGUGCUAGAAAUGGAACCCUAAGGACUGGUGCAUGCCUUGUAAAUGCUCUACCACUGAGCCACAUCCUCAGCCCCAGGUGGAAUGUUGAGUAGGAAAAAUCAAGGUACAGUAGUAACAAGCUUCCUGACGGUGGACACAUAGUACACCCUGUAUGCUAACUCAGUAGUUCUUAGAAGUGUCUAAUUUAAAGGGUGAACAUGGGACAUGUGCAUAUUACAUUGGGUGUGUUUGUUUUAUGCCACAUUAACUUUUUUUUUCUCUUUAAGCCUUUGAAUUAAAAGUCUUAGUAGUUUGGGUACAAAAGAAAAUAAAAAAAUUGUUUUCAGUGGAACAGAACUGAAAAUGAGUGUAUCGGAAUAACUGAGCUCAUUAAAGAAUAUUACUUACAUUUAUUUUUGAAGGAAUUGCUUUGAGUUUGAAGUCUACUCAGUUUGAAAGUGUGGCACAUUCUCCUUGAGGAACUAGACAGACCUCUGACUUCAGUCUUAUCUUUAAUAGAGCAGAAUGCACAGGUCGCAAUUUUGGAGGUAAUAAAUGAAUAUAAAUUUUCACAAAUUCCCUUUUUUCUGGAAGUGUUCCCCCCCACGGUAGACAGUUAACUGCUUUCUGCUCGGCUCUCCUCCUGCCUCCUCCUGUCCUGGGGCAUAAACCAAGGGUGCGGGCACACUGCUAAGCAAGCAAUGGGCCACUGAGCACCAGCCCAAGUGAAUUAUUUUUAAGGAAGUAAUUUACACGAAGAGAGAUUGUCAUAAAUGUUUGAAAUCUCAGGCUUUUGGUUCUGUUUAAUGUUGUAAGAAAAUAGCACUGUUGGGUCCAGAUUACCCAGGAUUUACUGAGACAGCCAGCAUGUGCCACUGAUGUGUGCUGUACAGGAGGCACUUGAUGGUUAACAGUGUGCUGGGCUCAGUCACCGAGUCAUGGGAAUUCUAGAGCCAAGUGUUGUUCAUCAUUUUUCCUUGUGUUGACUGUUGGCAUCUGAACACCUGAAUGAAUAUUAGCUGUCUCUUUAUAGAUUACUAUUUUAAAAUAUUUAUUGCAGAUGUUCAUAGAAUGCUCAAUUUUUGGUGCAAGUUAUAUACAAAGGCAUAUAUAUAUAUAUUUAAUAACUGAGAUGUAUUAUUUUAUUGCACAACUUAUUUCCAAAGCAAAUUUACUUUGUGGGUGUUUGUCUUUUGAGAUUUUUUUUUUUCCUCAGAAAUACAAAAAGUAAACCUGUCUUCCCUUCUGGCCUGAAAGAGGCCUUCAUGGUAACAUUAGCUUUUCACUUAUUUUUGGAGUAGGCAAAAUUAAAGACAUUUACAAAUUUACAAAACCAGUUUGGAGUUUCCAGUUGAAUCAUCGGCGCUCACAUCUGUACUUAGUGUUCAGUGUUGUGCUGGUCAGGCUGAAGGCAUCCUGCCUCAGUCUCUUCUUUUCCUCAUUGUACUGAGCGUGGUCUUCUGUAGCUCAUUUUCAGCAGUCAGUCUUACAGAGAAAGCCAUUUUAGACUUGGAAGGUGAGGGCUCUUUGUAAAAUGAAUGUGUUAAUAACAUCCAUCUGCUAAUCAGUGAAUUAGGCUCAGGUCCUAGAGAGGGAAGAGGCCAUCUAGAAAGCUUUCCCUCAGUCAAGGAGGAAGAAGAAAGUGUGAACUGAUACUUGUCAUGUAAAAGCUGUGUUCCCAUGACUUUUCGUAUGCUGAUUUUGUGUUAUUCGUUACCCUCUGUGAUGUGUAAGUGAAUGUAGAGAAAGAUUUAAAUUUUCAAAUGAAGACAACAGUUCCUGUUUCUAUUUUUACAAUUUAGACAGUUUUGAAAACAGAUGUCCUAUUAGAAAUUGUAUUUUUAAGUGCAAAUAAAUCAAUUUGAAAGUCAUUACGUUUCCUUUUCCUUCUUGUAGAAGGCUCUAUGUUAUUAGAUGCAUAUUUAAGUUGCCAGAUUGUUUUUGGAAUGCUCUAUUUUCGUAUUGCUGUAACCAGUCUACCUACAGUGUGCAAUUGAUUUGUUAUUUAAAUAAAUGACACCUGAUGGAAUUACA